AAUAUCACAUACAGUUUUUUUAUUGCUUUUUUCAAGAAGAAAUGAUGGAAACUCGCUGGAGACACUGAUCAGACCCCAUUAGCCAAAACUGCAGCAAAGUCACCAUCUUAGUCAUUCAGCUGCUUACUUAAGUGGAUUUUUUCCUCAUAGCCUUUUUCUCUUGGAAACAUUAGCAAUGAUCAAGUGCCGCAAAUGAUCCAAAUUCCGGCACCCCUGGCAGCCGGACAGGGCCUUCUGAGCAUCUCAGAUAUCACACCAGUCAUCCAGAACAGAAGCCACCCUACACACACACAUGCACAUAGACACACACACACACACACACGGAGCCACAGUCACUCAUUCGCUGAUCCUCUGGUGUAAAUGAGACAGGGAUGUUGGGAGUGUAUGGUUGGAGGGGGUGGGGGGGGGGCGGGUCUUAUAGUUGGAUCCGGUUGCACUGGACGAAGGACAAGUGACUAACUAAGAUCUUAGCGCAGCUCAAACUCUGUCCCCGAAGCUCAUUUCUCUGGUGACUCUUCUUCAUUGACUGUUUGCCAUUUCUGUUGCCUCAGGCCUGAUUUUGUUUUUUUGUUCAUUUUUGGGACAUAUAACUUCAUGCAUCUUGAAUUCUUUGAUUGUUGUUUUCUUAUGAAGUGAAAGCUUUUUGAUGAAGUAGAAGGGAAUGAAUAAAUGAUUUUGUGAGACCCGUUGAAGUGUUUCCAGCAGAUAAUCCUCCACGAUUUCUCCUUGUCAAGACUCUCACCACCAUGAGCUUGCCUUUGGUUAAUUCCUUGGCAAAGGUCUACGACCCAAAUCCCCUGCAAGGCCACAAACCUCCUCUUGCAAAGACAGCCAUGGAGUCUGAGAAGCCACAGGUGCAAAGUCAGAAUCUCAUUGAGACCUGGAUCAAGUCCCUCAGCGAAAAAAUGGACUGGCUUCUCAAGGUCCAGGAGAAGGUUCUUCACAGGCUGGAUGGCAUGUCCCAGGACAUUGGUGGCAUUGAGAAGGAGGUAGAGACACUCAAGGUAGUCAAGGAAGAGGUCUGUCAGCAGGAGAAGACUGAGACUGAGAGUCCUUCUGAUGUAAAAGAGAUGUGUCAGGAAAUUACCAACAUCAUGUCCACUGUCAACCAGAGGACAGAGCAGCAAACCAGGAAGCUGGAAGGGGUGGAGAAGCUGGUUCUUGGCCUUCAGCAAGUGAUUGGCUUCUUAGGAGCAAAGACCUCCAAGCUCAGCGAAGUAAUCUGCAUUGGCAAGGUCUCUCAGACAUCAAGCGCUAAGGGGAAAAACACUGUAAAUACUAAGGCCAAACAUGCUGUCAGAAAACCCCAAUCAAGCAACAAAAGAGCCAAUAAGCUGAAAGCCCAGAAAUCCAAGGAUGCUAAGGAGAAGUCCAGCCCAAGCCUCAACGGUCUGAAGACCCAGAAGAAGAAGAAGCCUCCGGAUGCAGGAGACACCAUAUCCCUGAAGAAAAAGGCACUCUUGCUGGAAGAGAUCCAGAAGCUCAACCAGCAAAAUGCAGAGCAGUCUGUGCGCCCAGCCACACCAGAGCUUCAAGACGCAGAAGGAAGUGACUGCUUGCCUGGCCUCAUCCCAAGCAUUCCGCAGCCAUCCGUAGACAGGAGUGAGGAGAGCAGUGCUUUGUCAUCGUCAGAGGAGGAGCAGGAUGAGGAGGAGAAGGCCACACAGCUGGAGGACAGCCUCAUAGUGAAUGAGGAAAGAGAGAACGAGGAGCACUUCACUGAGUCAGAACACGAGGAGGAAGUGGAGGAUGAAGAGGAGGAUGCGGAGGAGGCUCUGGAGGAGGAUGAAGGGACAGAGUAUGAACUUCAGAGAGAAGAGACUGAGAUCACCGACAAACAUCUGCCUCUCCCAGCUGCCCUUCCUCUGGAGAGCCACGAGGCCCCCGAGGCUGGCCCCAAGAGAAGGGUCACUGCGGGGGUCCUGGGUGAAGAGGAGGCCCACAAAAAGAGUCGCGUGGAAGAGACAAGCAAGAGUCCAGAACCCGUGGAAGACGAGGUGGAGCCAGAAGAGCAGAAGGAGGAUGAAGAGAAAGAUGGCGAGGCCUUACUAGAGGAGUACAUCAUUGACUGCAGUCCCCCUCCACCUGCCCCCUUCGAUCACCGGAUCGUGUCGGCCAAGCACAACCAAAUCUCCAACUUCUACACCGUAAACCGGGAGGAGAUCCUGGGAGGGGGUCGGUUUGGUCAGGUUCACAAAUGCGUUGAAAACUCAUCUGGUCUCACCCUGGCUGCCAAGAUCAUCAAAGCAAGAACUCAAAAAGAGAAGGAGGUGGUGAAGAACGAGAUCCAGGUCAUGAACCAGCUCAGCCAUGCCAAUCUGAUCCAGCUGUACGCAGCUUAUGAGUCAAGACAUGACAUCAUCUUAGUCAUGGAGUAUGUGGCUGGAGGUGAACUGUUUGACCGCAUCAUUGAUGAGAACUACAACCUCACCGAGCUGGACACGGUGCUCUUCAUCAGACAGAUCAGUGAGGGCUUGCAGUACAUGCACCAGAGGUACAUUCUGCACCUGGACCUGAAGCCUGAGAACAUUCUGUGUGUGAGCAGAGAAACAAACAAAAUAAAGAUCAUCGACUUCGGGCUGGCGAGGAGGUAUAAACCCAGGGAGAAGCUGCGGAUUAACUUUGGCACGCCAGAGUUCCUGGCCCCAGAGGUGAUCAACUACGAGUUUGUGUCAUUCCCCACAGACACAUGGAGCCUGGGAGUCAUUACCUACAUGCUGCUCAGCGGACUGUCGCCCUUCCUUGGAGAGGAUGACAAUGAGACACUGAACAACAUCCUCUCCUGCAAGUGGACCUUUGAGGACGAGGAGUUUAUGGAUAUCUCUGACGAGGCCAAAGAUUUCAUCACCAGGCUCCUAGUCAAGAGCAAGAGCUGGAGGAUGAGUGCAGCAGAGGCACUGAAGCACCCCUGGCUGUCAGACCGCAGGCUGCACUACCACCUGCACAAAAAGAAAAACAAGUGCCAUUCAUCCCACACACCUUCUGGGAACAGCUGAUCAGAUUAGGGCUACAAAUCGACGGCCCUGUAAUCACAUGGGCCCAGCCACCUGGACCAACACCACUGUACCCAAACACACCUGCCUCUCCGCCAAGCACCAUCAUGGGCUCAUCUGGUCUUUGGUGCAGUUCCACCAAAGCAAAGGUGCUUAUCCCAGCCAAAUGGCAUUCAACGCAUCAUAAUUUACUGAUGAGCCCCCCUCCCUAGUUGUUAUGAUGCAAAAACAACUACAAACCACUCAAGUAUCUCAAAAAAUGUCACUGUUUUUAAACAUCCAGGUCUAUAAGCAAAUAUUAUACUUAAACAGCUAGUGGCACAACAAAGCUGUACCUGGUGACUUGAGCACUUGUACCAUAUGGAGACGUUUAUUCUUGAUCAGUGUUUAGCCCAGUUCAUUUAUUCAUUUAUUUAUUUGCAUUUAUUUAUUUAGCAGAUGCUUUUGUCCAUUUCAGUCUUUUAUGUUUAAAUGUAGUCCUGAAUUUUUUUUUUCAGAAAUAAUUAUCUGAUUUCCUCUGAAUUGCACCUGCAACAAUGUCUGCCAAUGUCUGCCAUUACUUGUGAGCAGAAUAUCCUUGAUCCUCUGGGUUUGAAUUAGUACAUCAGACUGGAGAAUUUGAAGUGUGUAAUGGGCCUAAAAAUACAUCAGUAAUUAAUUACAUUUUUGGUCAUUUCAAGCGUUGUGUGCAAUUUCUAAGCAGUACAUUGACAUUACUGAUUUUGGCAUUGUUUCCUUCGGUUUUGAAUUCUUAGUAGGGAUGCUCUGAUCAGGGUUUUCGCCAUCGAUACCAAGUACCGAUUUUUUGUCAUGGUGAUCGGCUGAUACCAAUGCCGAUUCUGAUGCUUCAAGUUUAUAUAACUGAUAUGUAAGCUCUCUGAUCACCAUUAACUUUUUUUCAGAUAAAGUAAUACUAUAAAUGUUGCCUUUGUUAUAUUUUUGUUAUAUUUUUACAGUAAUAUAUCUAAUGUAACUAUUGUUUUAACAGAGUACUAAAUAAUCACAAAGUAUUUAUUAUAUAGUGAACAUUUUAAUAUGCCUUUACAAUGUGGUUUAUGCAUAACACUAUGCACAUCAGGAUACUUAAUAUGAGACAAAAAUUAAUAAACAAAAUGGAGCCGGCUGAUGCAACCCACAAGGUUUAUUUAAUCAUUGUCCAGUACUACAGUGAAUGGUAAAGGACAAAAUAAACAUUUCAUCUCCUAAAAAGUUGUAUUAAAUGUUUUGGACAAUGCGCCUCCACGUGAGAUUUCUUUGGAACAUAAACGGCAAAUAGCGAAUUUUUCAUUGUUUCUCGAAACGUCAUAGUAAUUCCACACCGGCGAUGACAUGACUGCGGCGCCAAAACAUUUACGUCCUCACUCAUCGUGUACGUCCUCACGCAUUGACGUCAUCAAUUGUGAUCGGUUCCUAAGAUCGGCCAAGUUUAACGAGUACCGAUCAAGUCAUAAAAUGUGAUUAUCGGCCGAUACCGAUCUUCGGCCGAUCGAUCGGAGCAUCCCUAAUUCUUAGUUUAACAAAUGGGUAUAAAAGUUUUUUUUAUGCUCAAUGUUGUAAAUAAAUUGCAUUACAUGUUUUUAGUGCUUAUUUCAACAAACGAGUGCAAUCAGAUUUGUUUUUAGGUAGCGUGUGCGCUUCAUAGUAAACGUAAGUAAUUCUUUAAGAACACAAAGCUGAAUUGAUCUAAUUGAAUGCUGUAUGUGUAAUUUUAAAUUAUCUUUUUUAUUUUUGAACCUUUCAAUCUAUAUUAUACACUUUAAAUAGGUUUUCACUGUUUUAUACAUUUACAAAAUGUAGUCUUACCAUACUUUGCCGUUGUGUUGCUUUUAUGUAGCUCUGUUAGAAAUUUUAAUAUAAUUAACAAAUCAUCAGACAUUGUCAUUUGUUUAUAUCUGCGAUUUGAUUUCAAGACAUAUCUGGUAUUCCCCUUUAACGUCAUGAAAGAUGGAGUAAUAUUUUAUUCCUUUGUCCUUUUUAUUCAUAUUGUCCUUUGUUCGUUUUUGUACUUUGUCUUAAAAUAUUUAAAAGCGCAUAAAAAAUUAACCAGUUAAGAGAUACAUAGUUUCUAGAAUACUUAUAGACUUUUUGAUUUCACGUUCACUAGCAUUUCAGAGGAAUUAAUUAUUACCUUAGUCUUUGUGUUUUGUGAUUUUCUCUCCCAUUGAAAUGCAAGGUUAACUUAUUACUUCAGGAGUGUGAUUUGUGUAAGUAAGGAGUCUCCCUGGAGGACAGUUCAUUCAUAGUACUGUAAUGUGACACCCAGAUCACUGUCAGCACAGACCCAGUCCUGUGACUUGUGUCUUUCACUUACUGGUUCAGCACUGUUGACGUUAUAUGCUGUCAGAUCGGAUGUGUUAAUAUUACCCAAGAAUGGGCUGAACUGAAUGUCUGCCCCUGAAGUUGGUUUAGGGAGUGCCAGUCAACCCUUUAGGCAAUAUCCGUCCUAGCCAGUUAAUUUCGCUUUGUCUCAGAUAGGCAGUGGCAGCGGUGAUGCUUGCCCAAGGAGCCACAUGUGCUUUGACUGCUACUGGGUUUAAUUAGGAAGAUUUCCUUAAAUGUGAAUGUGUGAUAGUUACAAUGAAAUACUAAGUGUCAAAUUUGCAAUUAUCUUCAGCUUUUGCUUGUAAAUGUCUGAUGACCUUCUCUGGGGCCAAAAGGGAGGGGCUCUGAAAUGUUGGGUGAGACUCACAUUAUGGGAUUAAGUCAUGACAUGGUCAUACUUUACCGGCUCCCUUUAUAUCCCGAGCUGCCAAAUGUGACAUUGACGCUCCCUUGUUGAGCACAGGGAUCCUCCUUGGGUCUCCCCAUCUGAAGAGAUGCAUGUUAUAAAUGUCAUUCUCAUGUCCUGCAACAUUGGCAACAUUCCUGGAAAUGUUGUUGUGUUGCUGCUGCUAAAUAAACAUGCACACAGACCACAGAAAAGCUAAAAACAGGAGUGACACCUGUCCGUGGCGGCCUGUUCCCCUGAAAGUGCCUUUGAAAGUAGUGUGUUUUAAUGCAGUUUUAAUAUUAUUGGUACCCUCUUCCUGUUAGGUCAAGAUUCAAGAUUGUAGUUUGACUCCCCGGCUUUUAGAGUUUACUGCCAUGCAUUUGUUUUUGUCUGUCGAAUCCCGUUUCUUGUGUUCCAGAUUCCAGACGGCAGAUUAUGUGUCAGGGUUUCCAGUUUUUGAGUUUUAUUUCCUCACCUUCCACGAAGGCUUUACACUACCUAGCUUAACUCUGGUUUAAGGAAAUUUCAUGCUUUAUCACUUUAGAAGUUGAUGUGACCUGUUUGCCUACUUGUAUGUUUGAUUUCUAGACUGAAUUUGAAAAAAUCCACAUCCAUGUGAUUUUUUUCUUCCUGUGCUUGUUUCAUUUCUUUCUUGUGCAGUCCUGGACAUUUGAGUUUAAAGGCUCAGUAAUUUGCAAA